UGCUUGCAUGCCUACGUGCUGAGUAAAGAUUGUUUAGGUAAUCUUCCAGGAGCCUUAGAUAGUGUCUGUGAAGGCACUAAUGUUUGACAAGGCCAGUUUAUGGCAAGGCUUGUUUAUUUUGAAGCUCCCUGUUUUUUAUGGGUUUAUUGCUCUUUCACUAUGUUUAGACUUAAGAUAAUGUAUGACUAUGUGCUGGGACAGGGGAUGGGUUUAGACUUAAGAUAAUGUAUGACUAUGUACUGGGACAAGGGGAUGGGGAUAUAAGCAGUGAGAGAAAUGUGUUCAGUGCCUCUCUGCCUACAUCUGUAUUGACAACCAAGUGGCGUCUCAAUAAACCGUGAUCGGAGAAGGAUCUUCGUGCCUUUAAUUCUGUGCCUUGCUGGUCGAGGCUCGCCGCAGCUGGUGCCGAAACCCGGGAAACUCGAACCAGACGCGUAACAUUGCACGACUGGAGAGGUGAGAUCCAGAACUUCACACGGGAGACGGGUCGACGUCGAGGAAGGGAACGACCAGACCCGAUCUGGAUUCCAGAGAGACUGACAAGGAGAGUGACAGAUAAGAAAGAAGAGGAACGACAAGAGAACACGAGGCAUGAUAAUGAAACGUCUGACAUGGAUACUGAUGGGACUAUGGCUGACAUUUCCCAUGACGAUAUCAAAGAAUGUGACCCUGUGGGCCAUUGCGAGAACAUGGCCAAUACCUAAGCCAGUGUUCUCUAGUGAUAAGAUGUUUCCUCAAUUGUAUAAUAGAGACUGUCAGUUAGAAAUACCGUGCAAAACACCACAAAAUAUGCGACAAAUGCGAUAUAAUGCUACUAAUGUUACCCUCUAUAAUAGCUUGUGUUUUUCUAUGAACUCGCAGAGUCCCUGUAUACAGAUUCUUUCAUAUAACCUUAGUUGGAUAUAUGAUCCCUUUAAAUAUCUAAAUCCUGACCUCUCGAUCCCAAUGUUGCUCGAGGCCCUUACAAAAAUUGCUCUAGGGAGCACAAAUGGAACAGGAGGAGGAGGUAAUAGCACCGUGGCUAAUGUCACUACACUCCUGAUCACAGCCAACAUAACAGUCCCUUUUUUAAUACAGACAAGAACCAAUCCCAGUGCUUCAUGGAACAUAUCUAGACCUGUACCAAAGUGCAUCACUCGGGAAUUCAGCUAUCCCCCGCGAUUUGGUGAUUGCACAGAAAGUGUAGAAACCCAAGAACCGUAUAAAUUUUCUCCUAAAUUCAAAUUAUAUCAGAAACCCAAAGCGGGCAAUCCUUUAGCCUCCUGGGUAUUGUGGAAUAGACGUGGAGCUAGUAUGGAUUUGUCCCCUUUGGCAAGGCUUGAUUCUAUUAAUAUAAGCCUCUAUAAUGCUAGUGGCAGUUAUAACAUAACUAGUCACGUACUCAGUAACUUUACAUCGCAUUCUUUGCAUAAUAUGAGCCUCCUGUCUAGUCAUGUUUGUGUCGAUCCUCCCUUUAUUUUUCUUUUGACAGAUAAACAAGAUAAUGGGACGAUAAUAAAAUGUGCAGGAAAUGAUACAUGCUAUUUAACCCAGUGUUGGAAUGGAACUCAGAAAACUAUGGUAAUAAUGCGUGUACCUACCUAUGUUCCUAUACCAGUAGUGACUGACCCAGAGGAAUUUCCUCUGGCAGUUUUGUUUCGACAGCCACGGGACUUUGGGAUUAUAGCCAUUGUAACGGCAAUUGUCGCCUCUGCCGCAGCGGCUGUUACGGCGGGAGUGGCCAUGGCUUCCACUGCUCAAACUGUGCAGACUAUUAAUGACGUCGUAAAAAGAUCAUCAGACGCUCUAUUUGUCCAGGAACGCAUAAAUGAUCAUCUGGCUUCAGGGGUGCUACUAUUAAAUAAACGCAUGGACUUGCUGCAAGCAGCUAUGGAAGAUCUUUUUGAAGUCACCAGCCUAGGUUGCGUUCAGAGACUGCACCAUAUAUGUGUCACGCCAUAUCCAGCCUCUCUAAAUGAGUCAAGAAAACUUGGGUCUUAUCUAUCAGGGAACUGGUCUAUGGAAUUUGGGGAACUUCAGCAAAAUCUUACUAUCAUGAUUUUGCAGCUGAAUGAAACUAGAGCAUCUGUUGUCACUCUGAAAGGGUUUUCUGAUUAUAUAUUACAGGGGUUACAAUGGUUCAAAGAAUGGGUGGGGGUUGGAUUGUUCGGAGCUGUAUUACUAUUAGGGCUGUUGUGUACUCUUUUUGUUCUUUUCCGAUUAGUACGGAGCCGCAAGCGCGAAAAAAUUGCUCUCCUGCAAGCAAUGGCCGCAAUUGAGGCAGGCAGUUCCCCCGCGGUUUGGCUCAGCAUGUUUAAAGAAGCUUAAAAGAAUGUCCUUGCACUCAGGGGCCAUAGUGCCAUCGCACCUGAUAGGAAUUCUUUUUCAUCUGGGAUAUUGCCUUAGCACUCCGAGAGCUUUUGCUCAUUGCACCGGAAUGGGAGUAUCCCUGAGCACAGGCGCCCCUUGAUCGGCCAGCACAUCAUGAGGUGAAGGCCUGAUCGGGGAUAAGACCUCAUUUGCAGUAAAACACAAAAAAAAGGGGGAACUGUGGAAGAUUUGUAAGGCAAGAUGCCUACGUGCUGAGUAAAGAUUGCUUGCAUGCCUACGUGCUGAGUAAAGAUUGUUUAGGUAAUCUUCCAGGAGCCUUAGAUAGUGUCUGUGAAGGCACUAAUGUUUGACAAGGCCAGUUUAUGGCAAGGCUUGUUUAUUUUGAAGCUCCCUGUUUUUUAUGGGUUUAUUGCUCUUUCACUAUGUUUAGACUUAAGAUAAUGUAUGACUAUGUGCUGGGACAGGGGAUGGGUUUAGACUUAAGAUAAUGUAUGACUAUGUACUGGGACAAGGGGAUGGGGAUAUAAGCAGUGAGAGAAAUGUGUUCAGUGCCUCUCUGCCUACAUCUGUAUUGACAACCAAGUGGCGUCUCAAUAAACCGUGAUCGGAGAAGGAUCUUCGUGCCUUUAAUUC